AUGAUCCCCUACUUGAUAGAUCCAUUGAUUGAUGACCUACCCUUGAAGCCGAGUGAACACAUUUCGGCAGUUGCUGCACACGAUCGAAAUAUUUACAUUGGCACUUCAAAAGGAAGUUUAUUCCACUAUCAUUUAUUCGAAGAUGCAACAGACUAUUUGCAAAUCACGCUGAUAUCAGUUGGAAGUCAUGAGAUCACACAGUUGUUGCCAUCCGAGUCAUUACAGAAGUUGUUUCUCGUUAUUGACCGUACGCUCUUGGUAUUCCAACUUCCCGAACUCAGCCCGAACACCAUUAGACAGUUGAAGAAUGUACAACACAUAUGUUUGAUGGAAAAUGGACUGUCACUUAUGAUUAUCAAACAAUCAGAGGUUCAACUUGUUCAACUUCAGAAUAAUUCAUGGAAGUUGCUACGAGAAUUCAAACAACAAGGUGCUAUACUUGGAACCGCGCCAAUGAACAACUUGAUUUUGCUAGCAAAUGAGAAUUCGUAUGAAGUAUUGGAUACACGCUCUGGAAGCGUCAUGCCACUUUUCGAAUACAAGUCUAAUAUUAAUGUCUCCCCAUUUAUUGUGCUUUUCGAAACGCCUAGCACAAAAGAAUACCUACUUACAAUUGCCUCGGAUGAGAAUACUUCCAUUGCACAAUUUAUCAGCGACUUCGGAGAUGUAACGAGGGGGACUUUGACGUGGUUAGAUAGCGGGUACCCUCGCGGCGGCGUCGUUGUUGAUUGGCCACAUACUUUUGCAUUGUUUGAAAAGUCGAUAAUCAUAUCAUCCUUGGAAACACUUGAAACAGUGAUGGAGAUAAACACUGAGAAGAUAGUCACGCGAGAAGGUGGAAGAUCAGAUACUUUUAUUAACUUCCGCAUUCAAAAGCUUCAAGUUCUUUUUCUGGAUAAGUCGUUGCAGGAAGUGACCGGACAAGCUACGGAACUGAAUACCAACAUGGUUUUGUAUGACAAAUCAAAGUUGUUUGUCAUUCAUCAGAAAAGUUCCACACUAUUGGCGAACAAAGCGUUCCACGAGGCGAUGGAGUCCAAUGAGUUUGACCAUUUUUUAGCUAUUGCAAAUGACGAUUCUCUGUAUGUGCAUGUUCUCAAAACAAUGGGGGCUUUUUUAACUGACAAAGACCCAACAGAGAUGCUAACAAGGAGGCAAAAUGGUGAGUUGAUUAUUGAGCCACACAUGGCUCUUCGACUAUUGGGCUACGACUAUCCCUGCAAUGUUUAUCCUGGAUUGAAGGAUGUCGUAGACAUGUGGGAUUUUAAAGACGAGGAUGCGACGAGGAGGUACUUGCAAGAAUUGAAACCCGCUGAUAUGACUCCCGAGUCAAGAUUGUUGUGCUACAAACUUCUUUCAGAAAAUCAUCUUGAGUCAUUAAUAGCUGAGGAUAAAUGGAACUUUUCAUCGAAUGAUAAGAAAAUUAUAGACGUGUUGAUUCAGAGGAACAAAGUGUUUUUGGUCUCCCAAAUAUAUAAAAGAACAACCAAACUGUCUGCUGUGACCUCGGCAUAUAAGGAGUUCUUAUUCCAAUACUUGGACAAUAGCCUUGUUGAUGAUGCUCUCGACUUUCUAGCCAAUGAACGUCUCGAUGAUAACGACUACACAAAGUUGAUAUUGGAGAUCUUAAGGUUGAACAAAGAGAAAGGGUAUGCAUUGAUGCGACAGUCCUCUGUGUAUCGCGAAGUUAACAAAAAAAUCUUGGACGAAUUGUCUGAUGACCUGAAGGGAGAAAAAGAUUAUGCUUUAUUGCGCAUCGAACUACUCGAAUCCUCAUAUGCUGAAAAUGAUGGGUUACGAGGGGAGUUGUUGGACUUGAUCUCAUCCACUUUAGUCGCGUUAUACGAUAGCAAGAUUGAAGAGUAUAUCAAGAAAUUACAUGACGAAUACAAGGAGAUGAAUAACCUCUCCAAACACAAAUGGCCCAAAAUAUCUUGGAUAGACUUUGUUGCUUUGGCUAAGGAAAAGGAUUAUCAGAUGUUUAUUGAGUUGUAUCUCAAGUCCUUUGAGUUGUUGAUUAACAUGGAUAAUGUGCAUCUAGAGGAACUGCUCUUCCAGUAUCACAAGCUUUACAUAAAUCGUGAUAUACCAGGAUUGCUUGAGUUUGCUGAUUAUUCCACUGCAGAAAGACUUGCAUUGGGUAAGCAUGCUGCACAAAAGAAACGCUAUUAUGAGCAGAAACGUUUAAAUCAAUUUAAGGUCAACAAAGAGGACCUUCUACUCAUAUUCAAACACUUCUUGAACCUUUAUGAAUGUGAACCUGUGGAACCCGCAAUCCAACAUUUUGUGGAAAGUUACAGCUCACACGUCUCCCCCUUGAUGAUUGUUAACCUACUUCCGGACAAAUUCCCACUAGUAUAUUUGACAAAAUUUCUCAGAACCUCCAUCACAAAUAUGCAGCUACAGUCGAGAGAAAAAGUAAUGACCAAGUCAAUUAUUAAAUCGGAAUUAUCUAGAACUAAACAUUUAAUAAAAGAUCUUUCAUAG